GGCAGCCCUGAUUUUUACCCAACAACGCUGAGCUUCAGGACCUCGGAGUUCUUUUUCCCGAUACCCGCCAUCUUAUAGAGACCCGGGUAACCAGGAAUCAUGACUAACACAAGAGGCAAGAGAAGGGGGACCAGGUACAUGUUUAGCAGGCCGUUCCGCAAGCAUGGCCCAAUUCCCCUCUCCACUUACAUGCGCAUCUACAAGAAGGGUGACAUUGUUGACAUCAAGGGCACAGGUACCAUUCAGAAGGGUAUGCCACACAAGUGCUACCACGGCAAAACUGGCCGUGUGUACAAUGUCACCCAACAUGCAGUCGGUGUUAUUGUCAACAAGCAAGUCAAGGGCAAGAUCCUGGCCAAGAAGAUCAACGUGCGCAUUGAGCACGUGAAGCACUCAAAGAGCCGCGACAGCUUCCUGCAACGUGUUAAAGAGAACGAGAAGAAAAAGCUGGAGGCCAAACAAAACGGCACCUGGGUGGAGCUCAAGCGCCAGCCUGCUUCUCCUCGCGAGGCUCACUUUGUCAGCACCAAGAAGAACCAGCCACAGCUGCUGGAGCCCAUUCCCUAUGAGUUCAUGGCAUAAAGUGCUUGCAAAAAUAAAAAUGUUUGUACACAACUGUAAAA